CGAACUCGCGGGGCUGGCCAAUUGUCGCGGAACUGUUGUACAUACUGCAACCGUGGUAUCGUUUUAUAACUGUUGUGUUUGUUUUGCGCGCGUAACCGGUUUUUCCGUUCGAGUCCCGUACCCGAGAUCGCAGAAGAGACCGAUAAAAGUUAGUCCACCCGUUUGUUUUAUCUUCAUAAAUAAUAUUGAUUGUUUUGGAUUUCGUCAGAAUUUUCGCGUACUAACGAUCGACCGUCAUCCGAAAUUAACAAUUAACCAUCCGAAACAUUCACUCUUGUAAAUUCACGUCAGAUCGAUUUCGCAGCGAAUUUCCUUGAGCUGUCUACGUCGUCGCAUCGUCGCCCCCGAACUGAUAACAUAGAAAAUUAAAGUCAAAUUAAAUAACUACAAUAUGGGAAAAUUAUCGUUGGCCGUGGUUACAAUUUUGGUGGCUACAGUGGCCGCAUAUCCAAGUAAACCGUCGUUCCUCGGGUGCCAGAGCUCAGAAGACUGUGGCGUGGACGAAUGUUGCGUUUUAGGUAUGAUGCGGUACAGCGUGCCCACUUGCAGACCACUAGGUGAAGAGGGCGAUACGUGCCGUCCUCACUCCGGCGACGUCCAACCUCAGAAUAUUACCGUCACCUACCCCGACGGAUCGUCUGCCGAUCUGUAUGUACACACAAUGCUGUGUCCAUGUGCCACCGGACUCGAGUGCUCGGACGGUAUGUCGUGCACAGGGUUGGACGGGGCCGGGAAGCUGAUGUUGCGCGAGGACUACACGGACGUGGAUGACCUCAAUCACCUGCGACGAUGAACAGCCUCAUAGUUGCGAUAUCCCCAUCACUAUAUUAUCUAUAAUUAUUAUUAUUUUUAUGAUUAAUUAUUAUUUUAUUGAUAUAUUGUUUUCAACACUGGUGCAGCACUAAAAACCGAUUACUGUAAUAUCACUGUUAUAAUAUACACGCGCCCAAUAUUUUUUAUAUUAUUACCUAAAAUAUAAUUAUAUAAUACACGAGUCCUAUAGGGUAUAUUAUGCGAAUAGCGCAAUAGAUACAUAGACACACAAUCCGUUACAGAUCGUCCGAAAAUCAGUUUAGUAGAUUUUAAUCCUGAUUUUUACUUUAAAUAUUUACCGAGGUUAGGUUAGAUAUAUUAUUGGUCGUUAUUCGUGUGUUACAUCUAUUUAUAUUCGCUUUAGGUUUUAGUAAUAUUGAGAAGUAAUUUAAAAAAAAAAAAACUAUUAUAGUGGAAGAUUAAAAAAAAAAAAAAAAAAA